CUUCUACAGCUCAUUCUUUGCCAGACACCUGCUCUACAGCUGGAACAACUCUGAGCACCUUGAGCAGGGGAUGUGAAUUUGGGUUGGUCUUUGGCUCUGAAAUCAGCAACCGCUGUCAUAGAGGGGCAGUUCUUUGGAGAAAAAUUACAGCGGAAGAAAAAGCAUCAGCUUCGAUCUGUACCCAUAAGGAAAAAAAAAGUGAAUGUAAAGUUAUCUAUUAUACAAGACAGAGGGGGACGACAGGAGUUUAUCAUUAACCCGAAGUCUGGGAGAGAGGAUAUAAGAAGCGGAGGAGGAGGAAAGGAGCUGGAGAAGCAGGCAAGAUGGACUCCUCCCAAAAAAUCAAUAACCCUGCUGAUAUUUCAGUCAUUGUCAUCUAUUUCGUGGUGGUCCUAGCAGUGGGACUAUGGGCUAUGCUCUCAACAAACCGAGGGACUGUGGGUGGAUUCUUCCUAGCUGGACGGAGUAUGGUGUGGUGGCCGAUUGGUGCGUCUCUGUUUGCCAGUAACAUCGGCAGCGGGCACUUCGUGGGGUUGGCAGGAACGGGAGCGGCUGCAGGAAUCGCCACUGGUGGAUUCGAAUGGAAUGCCCUGAUAUUUGUGGUUGUUCUUGGCUGGUUGUUUGUUCCCAUCUACAUUAAGGCUGGGGUGGUGACGAUGCCAGAGUAUCUCAAGAAGCGGUUUGGCGGCCGACGGAUUCAGAUGUAUCUCUCAGUCCUUUCUCUGCUCCUCUAUAUUUUCACCAAGAUCUCGGCAGAUAUAUUCUCUGGAGCUAUAUUUAUCCAAAUCGCUAUGGGGCUGAAUCUGUAUUUGGCCAUAAUCAUACUACUGGGUAUUACUGGUCUUUACACGAUUACAGGUGGCCUUGCUGCUGUGAUUUACACAGACACCUUACAGACCAUUAUUAUGCUGGUGGGAUCCUUUAUUCUCACAGGAUUUGCAUUCGCCAAAGUAGGAGGAUACGAGGCCUUUAUGGAGAAAUACAUGAACGCUAUUCCAAGCAACAUCUCCUAUGGAAACGUUACCAUUGACCCAAAAUGCUACACCCCCCGGGCAGAUUCCUUCCACAUCUUCCGAGACCCAAUCACUGGAGAUCUGCCAUGGCCCGGCCUUGUCUUUGGCUUGAGCAUCCUCGCUUUGUGGUACUGGUGCACAGAUCAGGUUAUCGUUCAGCGAUGUCUCUCAGCCAAGAACAUGUCCCAUGUGAAGGCGGGCUGUAUCCUGUGCGGGUAUCUGAAGCUGCUGCCCAUGUUUCUGAUGGUGAUGCCUGGGAUGAUCAGUCGUAUUCUGUACACUGAUAAGGUGGCUUGUGUCGUGCCUGAAGAAUGUGAGAAACUCUGUGGCACCAAAGUUGGCUGUUCAAAUGUUGCCUAUCCCAGCAUGGUAGUGGACCUUAUGCCUAACGGAUUGCGGGGUCUGAUGCUGUCAGUCAUGCUGGCCUCUCUCAUGAGCUCCCUGACUUCCAUUUUCAAUAGUGCUAGCACACUGUUCACCAUGGACAUCUACACCAGAAUACGCACCCGGGCCUCGGAGAAAGAGCUCAUGCUGGCUGGGAGGUUAUUUAUCUUAGUUUUAAUUGGUGUCAGCAUCGCAUGGGUUCCUGUGGUGCAGUCAGCUCAGAGUGGGCAGCUCUUUGACUAUAUACAGUCUAUCACCAGCUACCUGGGCCCACCCAUUGCUGCUACCUUCCUGCUUGCCAUCUUCUGUAAGCGGGUCAAUGAGGAGGGUGCCUUCUGGGGCUUGGUCAUUGGGCUGUUAAUUGGGCUGUCUCGAAUGAUUGCAGAGUUUGCCUAUGGAACUGGCAGCUGUGUAAGCCCCAGCAACUGUCCAAAGAUCAUUUGUGGAGUUCACUACCUGUACUUCGCUAUAAUCCUCUUUGGGAUCUCCUCCAUCAUCAUCCUGGGUGUGUCAUUGGUAACUAAGCCCAUUCCCGACAUACAUCUUUACCGCUUGUGCUGGACCCUGCGGAACAGCAAGGAGGAACGUAUUGACCUGGAUGCAGAUGAGAAGAUUGAAGAACCUGAGAGCAAUGAUGCUAUAGCAGAAGAAGCUGAUGAAGAACAAGGAUGCUGCAAGAAGGCCUACAACUGGUUCUGUGGCUUAGAUCAGAAAAAAGGUCCCAAACUCAGCAAAGAGGAGCAGGAAGCAAUACAGAAGAAACUGACUGACACGUCCGAGACACCACUCUGGAGAAAUGUUGUGAACAUCAAUGGAAUCAUUCUACUGACCGUGGCAGUAUUCUGUCAUGCCUUUUUUGCAUAAACCUCAACUCGUAUGCCAGUUUUCAUGAAGGUCUAACUAGUCCCUUUUCCCUUUUGAAAUUGCACUGUAUUCUUCAAAAGAUAUUACGCUUUCUAAAUUUCACUGAUAGAUAUACUUAUGAGACUUGUUCAACGAGAUUAUAUACAUAAGUUGAUUUAUUCAUUGGUUUUGUGGUGGUAAUUAAACAUCUGAAUUCUGAUGUUCCAAAGGGCAGAAUUUGAAUCCAGGAUACUCGGGAGAAUUUAGUCAAUCUCUCCUAUGAAAUACAUUUCAUAGCUCAAUUUCAGAACAUGAGAAGCAGGGCUGAUUGACCUGCAUGUAUCCACUUCAUGGUUUUAUGAACUAUUUUGGGGGAUGGUGAAAAUGUGCCCUUUUCCCACGGUGAUUUUUUUUUUUAAGUUCAGCUAUCUGAAUACCACGCUAUGGAUUUAGGAUAAUUGAAUCCCCUGAAAAUAAAGGUUGCCUGAAGAGUUUCCUAUUGAUGACAUUUUAUUGGUGUGUUCCUUUCAUACUUCAUCUAUUUUAAUAUCCCUUUUCUCUCUUCACUCUCUGUUCCAUGCAUUACACUUUUUAGUGGAUUUUUCCUCUCUUCUUUUGCCACUCUCACAUGAGGGGAAUAUGAACCCACAUACCACCUGAUUUUAACUUUUGGGUACUAUUUGAAUGGGUUUGAUAUUAGACCAACUAUAUCUGACAAACCCUCAUAAGAGUUGUGUUUAUGCCUGACUCUUCAAGAUUAGCUUUUAAAUAUAUUCUUGGUGGCUUUGAUUACCUACCAUGAGUUGUCAGAAUUAGACUCUUUUUACAUGUACUCUGAGACUCUAUUUUUAAGGAUGGCACAAGUGUUCUUUUAGUUUCUCUUCUUACUGGAUUUACCACAUGGUAAUCCUUCCUCAGGGAUGAAUGUUCUUAGCACCAGAGCCCUGGCCUUGUGUCUUGCUUCCAAGUACACAAAAACUAUACAGUAUUUUUCCUGAAAAACUGAAUUAAUCUUCCCUAACAGUUUUGUUAAGAAGUUUCACUCAUGCCACAAGUAAGACUGUUACAUUAUAGUUUCCCCCAAAGAAAACUGACAUCGUCUCAAACCAUUAUAAGUAUCUUCAUCUUGUCUGGGAGAGUGAAACCAGGUUGAGACAAUCAUGAGACAAUGAUCACGGUUUGAGUCUCAAAAACUAGCGAGAAGCUAAGGAGACAGCAUGUGAUGUACUUCAAUUCCAGGCUGAAAAGUGAAACGGAAAAUUCUUACAGUCUAAUUCAUCUUCCCAAAGAGGCACAGAUCUAGAGAAGGCACAUGGGAAAUUCCAAAUAACACCUAGUCUGUAUUACAAUCCUUUUUGUAUUGUGUAUCACAGCUUCCUGCAGUAUCUCAGUUCCAUGUAAUAUGCAUCUUGUCUUCCUGCAGUAUUCUACAGCACACUGCACUGUGCUGCAAUCAUAUAAGGCGCUUUCUGUAGCAUGUUGCUCUGUUGUAGAUCUCUAUUACUUUCAUGACACUGUCUUCAUGUUAUCUCAGAUGGGGCCAUAGCAAAACGUGCUGUCUUCUUUGUGCAUGUCGCUGCACUAGGAUCGUCAAUAUAAUAUUCCAUCUCCCUGCAAUAUCCUGACAUGGGCUGCAUCAUGCCAAGUCCAAUCAAUACAAUCUAAAUCUUAAUGCAAACAGUCUUACAAUAAGUAGAGCAGGAGGAAGCAUCUUACCAGUCAUCACUGUACUGUGUUAAGGAAUUUAUUAUAUUUCAUUAACUUUGUAUUUAUUAAAUGUUUCUAAUGUGUUUGGGGGCCAGAAAGUCAAGAGUUCUUUGUAUAAUACAAUAGAAAAUGUAAAAUAUAAUUUAAAAAUUUUUUUUAGAUCAAAUACUAAAAUAAAAUGUAUUCAGUCCGCAUCAAUUGCACAUCUGGGAACAGCUGUACUA